AUGUCUAUUGCUUCUGCUGACGAGUUUAUCAUCCCUACUAAAGACAAUGUCAACCAAGGCAACCUUUUGAAGAAAAAAGAUGAUCUUUCAAUGGUAGAAAUCCCUGUGCCAGAGCCGACUGCAGGCCAUGUUCCAGUACAAGUAAAAUGUACCGGUGAGGGUGUGACGCGACUUCAAGUAGGUGACAGAGUGGCUAUCGAAACUGGUCGAUAUCACCUAUGUCCUGACGUUAUUUUUAAAUUCACUCCACCGCACGAUGGCCAACUUGCUAAAUACAUCACACAUCCUGCUCGGUGGCUGCAUAGAAUUCCCGCUUGUAUUAGUUACGGCGAAGGUGCCUUGUUAGAGCCUUUGUCUGUAGCCAUUGCUGCUAUUGAUCGUGUAGGUGUAAAGUUCGGAAAAUCCUUAUUAAUUACUGGCAGUGGUCCUAUUGGUCUUGUUGUGAUUGCAGUAGCCAAAGCGGCAGGCGUAUAUCCUAUUGGUAUCACAGAUGUGAAUGAAAGCGAACACUGUAAUGAAGUACGCGCAUUAUUUGGCGGCGAAGGAGUUGAAUAUUCUCUAGAGUACACCGGUAUUGAAAGCUCAUUUAGAACAGCUAUCAUGGCCACCCGAGAUGCAGGUACCUGCUGUCUUGUGGGCAUGGGAAAGAAUGAUCAAAUUAUCCCAGUGAAUAACUUUGCUACGUGA